AUGCCUCGCCGCAGAAAGGAUAAAGAAAUUGACGACGGGUUGGAUUCCUCGUCAGAAAGUGAGAAAGAGUUGUCUGAAAUCUCGGAUACUCUUUUAUUGGAAGAAAGAGAAUUAUUUGAAAAUCCUUCACGCCGACAUAAACGCCGCAAAUUCACAAAGGAAGAUGCAUACCUUGGAAUUUGGGCAGAGCCCGACGAAGCUGAUCGAUCUAAUCGGCCAAAUCGCAAGAAAAGAGACGUACAAUUUGUUGCUUCAACUUCGAGAUCAGUCAUCGAGGAUGUUGAAGCGAUUGACUAUGCAGAUACAGAUCAUUCAAGUGGAGAGGAGGUAGAAGCAAAAAAAAAUAAUGCAAAAAAUAUAACAAAAAUAUCUGAUGAUUCUAUUGCUGAUAAUUCCAAUACUGUCGAGGAAGAAAAUUUUGAAGGACAUGUAGGUCUUGGUCUAAAUUCUUCACGGAUGAAUAUUGACGAAGAGGAACCGAAAGGAGGAUUAGGUGCAGGAAUAGGAUAUAAUACAACCCAAAAGGAAAUGUUGUCCUAUGCAUCAGGUUCAGCCUCAAUUCUAGAAUCCACAACGUUAGAUGAAAUGCUUAAUAUUCAAUUUUCAUCUACGAAAAGGAAAGGGUCACAACCGAAAUCGCAGUCUGGCAUUAAAUCUAAUUCUUCAAAGAAUCCAGUUGAUAAAAAUUUUGGAAGCUUUGAGAAGCAUACAAAAGGAAUUGGUUUGAAAUUAAUGAUGAAAUAUGGUUACAAAAUAGGUGAAGGUUUGGGUUCAGAUAAAAGCGGUAUUGUCAACCCAAUUGAGACGCAAUUGCGUCCUGCGAGGAUGGGAUUAGCAUUUCAAGGAUUUAAAGAAAAAACGAAACAAGCUAAAGAGGUAGAAAAAAGGCAAGUGUUAAGUUUAGUUGAGGACGAAGAGGAAAUUAGCAUCAAACCGGUCAAAAAAGAAAAAAGUAAUGCAUGGAAAAAAUCUGCUAGGGCUAAAAAGCCUAAAAUCGCUUACAAGACUGCAGAUGAAAUUAUCAACGAAAUUGGUUUUAGCCCAUCGGUCCAACCGAUCAAAAUUAUUGAUAUGACCGGUCCACAGAUUCGUGAGCUUUCUUCAGCUAGCCAAAUUUCCUCGCUAGCAAUUCCAGACACGUCUACACGACUACCAGAAUUGCGUCAUAAUCUUCGGUUGAUUGUUGAUAUAUCGAAAGCGGACUUGGAACAUUUCACGAGAGAACGGCGUAUACAAACCGAACGAACUAAGGUAUUGAAAAAGGAUAAAAUUAUAGCAACAGAACAAACAGAUGAUGAAAAAAGAAAGAUAAGUCGUCUUGGGGAAAUAAUAUCAAUUAUUAAAGAAUGUAGUAUGCGGCUUACCCUUUCCUUGUCAAACGGUUCCUUUUCAUUAAAAGAUUUUUAUGACCCUUUUGAAAAAAUACAAAGUGAAUAUGUCAAUGAAUUCACUACUUAUAAUUUAGAUGCUGCUAUAAUUGCAAUUAUUACUCCAGUGAUUAAACAAAACAUGAUCGAUUGGAAUCCUUUAAAAUCUCCUGAUUUCUGUUUAUUAGAUUUUCAAAGAUGGAAAGAUUUAUUCAGAACAAGUCCACCUAUAACUAAUGCUCCACCCUUAGAUGAUGAUAGGUUUAAUUAUAGUUCUUCAAACCAACGUCCUAGUGAAAUUACCAUGACGCCUUACGAAAGUAUGAUGUAUAACGUUUGGCUUCCCAAGAUCAGGUCCGAAAUCAAUAAUAAUUGGAAUGCCCGUGAUUGUGACGCACCAAUAACACUACUCGAAUGUUGGAAACCACCCUUGUUGCCAAUGUUUAUUUAUGAUAAUAUUAUAGAUCAGCUUAUUAUGCCAAAACUGACGAGAGAGGUGGAUGCCUGGAAUCCAAAUACUGAUACACAAAUGAUACAUCAAUGGUUGCAUCCUUGGCUUCCUAUAUUAGGUGAUCGGAUGGAAUCUUUAUAUUUGACCAUUCGCCAAAAAUUCCGAUCAUCCUUACAAAGGUGGGAUCCUAUUGAUACAAGUGCAUUUGACAUCAUAGAACCUUGGAAAAAUGUUUUCAAGCCGGAAGAUAUGCAAUCACUCCUAGUUAAAGCUAUAUUACCAAAACUUACAGUGACCAUGAAAACAAAACUUCAGAUAAAUCCAAAAAAACAGGAAUUAGAGGUUUUCAAUAGUAUCAUGACGUGGCGAGAUUUAUUCACUCCUAGAGCUUUCAAUCAGUUAUUUGAAGAUACAUUCUUUCCAAAAUGGUUGAAUGUAUUAUAUAUUUGGCUGACACAUAAUCCUAAUUAUGGUGAGAUACGACAAUGGUAUCUUUUCUGGAAGUUACUGUUUCCUAAAGAAAUGUUUGACAGUCCGAUUAUAGAAGAACAGUUUAUGAGGGCGUUAUAUAUGAUCGAAGAAAGUAUAUCUUUAGGAAGCGAAGCACCUAUCAGGUUGACUCAUCCUUCUCAACAAAAUACAAUACCGGAACCAGAACAAUUCAGAUUUCCAUCUGAAAAGAUUGAUACGGAUAUCGGGGAUAUUACCUUUUUCGAAAUUGUGGAGGAGUUUGCUCAAGAAAAAAACUUUUUGUUUUUACCAACCAACAAAAUCCACGAUUCUGGAAAGUCGCUAUUUCGUAUGGGUGGUACUUCAGAAGGGAUUGGUGGCUUACUUAUGUAUUUAAGUGAUGACGUUAUGUUUGUCAAGGAAGGUCAAAACUGGACACCAAUGGGAUUUGGAGAAGUUUUCGACAAAUUAGAAAGUUCGAACCGUCGGCGUUUCUAA